AUGACUACUCUUGUUGCAUCCCUAUCAUUUCUCCUCUUUCCCCUCCUCCUCUCCACCACCAACGCAGGCCCAACGAAAACAAUCCCGACCACCCUCUCCCCGAGCACGAGACUUCCAUUGAUCGACUUGAGCAAUUUGUCUAGCUCGGAAGAUCGGUUGAGAAGAGACGCCGCCCGCAUGGCCGCCUUGGUCAACCAACUCUCGGACGACGACAUCCAGUUCGUGUCUGUCGGGGGCGGGGUAGCCGUGAACAUCAGCAUCGGCACCCCGCCCGUGGUACAAACCCUAGUGGCGGACACGGGUAGCGAUCUCAUGUGGGUGCAGUGCAAGAAGUGCGACGAAUGCAUCGAUCAGCCCAACCUGAAGUUCGACCCGGAUGCGUCCACAUCGUACCAGUCAGUCCCCUGCGCGAGCUCGAGCUCGGAUUACCCGAACGACUGCGACAAACUCCGCGAGUCCGCGCGCGGUUGCGACUCCAACGGCAAGUGCACGUACCACUACAAUUACGGAGACAAUUCCUACUCGAAAGGAACCCUAGCCCUCGAGACCCUCACGAUCGGCAACAGGGUGGUCCAAGACAUGCCCUUCGGUUGUGGUCUAUCCAACAAUCUCACGGCUGCGACAGAAGUCGACGGGAUCCUCGGCCUCGGCGACGCACUGUACUCGGUCGUGGGCAAGUCGGGCGGUGCGUUCAGCUACUGCCUGAGUGAAAUGAAUGGUGGGUGGAUUGUUUUCGAUAGGUCUGAUUUUCCCUCCAAAGGGGUCACGUGGGUCCCGCGUGUCUCCAACCCCAUGAAACCAAUGUUUUACUACGUCAGGCUUAUGGGCAUCGGUGUUGACGGGGUACGGUUGCCGGGAGUGACCGCGGACAUGUUCCUAAUAUCAGACGACGGCAACGGAGGGGCAAUAAUCGACACGGGGACGACGAUCACGAGGCUUCCGAAUGACGCCUACGUGGCGCUACGGGAUGAGUUUCGGAGGAAGAUGGGGAAUGCGAUGCCAUUGUCGUACCAAUACCUCGACACGUGCUAUCAGCUGAGCGGGUUGGAGAAGAUACCGACUGUCUCGUUGUACCUAUCGGACCAGUCGGACACGAGCAUUACGAGUAAGAGGCCAACGUUUGUGGUGAGCGAUGGUAUGGGUGGAUUUCUGGAAUGCCUUGCUUUCGUCGUGUCAUCAUCGAGUCUUACCAUAAUCGGCAACAUUCAACAACAUGGGACUCAGAUCACUAUCGACGCGUCGAGCGACAAUAUCGGGAUCGGGCCUGAUUGCUGA